UUUUUUUAAGACUUAGGAGGAACUAACCUGAAAACAAAUUCAAAACUUAAGUGACGAAGAGGAUAUUUUUCUCUACAUAAUAAAACCCAAAUAUUUAUUUUAAAAAAAACUCACACACACACACAUAUAUAUAAAAAGACACCCUCAAAGGCACUCAAAAGUGAGAUAUCAACCUAGCUUGUUAGCUCAAAAAACACAACACACACACAUACUAAUGCAAGGGGCUCCAAAUGAAGAUCAAACAAAAGCUUCAACAAUAAUCCAAAAACAAAAGUGCCCUCGUUGCGACUCUUCCAACACCAAAUUUUGUUAUUACAAUAACUACAGCCUUUCACAGCCUCGUUACUUUUGUAAGUCUUGUCGACGCUACUGGACUCAUGGCGGCACUCUCCGUAACGUACCCAUCGGUGGUGGCUCCAGAAAAUCCAAGCGCCCUAAGUCCACAUUAUUGCCUUCCUCUUCUUCUUCUUCCGACACCACCACCACCCUAACUCCGCCACCGCCCGGAGGAUCAGGACCUCUUGAUCUUGCAACUUCUUCUUAUAAUUCUAGUGCUGCCUUUUUGUCAUCCUUGGAUGUGGGGGCUGCUUAUAGUUCAUUUGGAGGAUUGGCUUGGACUACUGCUACUCCCAUCAACAACACAAUUAUUACUAAUAAUCACUCUUCCUCUUCAGGUAAUAACCAAAAUUCUAGCUUUCAAAUUGAAAAUAGUUCUUCUACUUUGAUCCCAAAUCAUCUCUCUCCCUUUCAUCAUCCCGAGUAGUACUUAGCUGCUAGUUCGACUGCAUAUUUUUUUCCUUCAAACUUUUAGGAAAAUUAAAAAGAAGAAGAAGAAAGAAAAAAAAGAAUGGUUGGUGGUAUCAAAUCACAAGAAAAAUAGUUGCAGCUCGGCUAGAAGUUAAGUACUAUGUAAGUAAGUUGGGCUUUUUAUCAGUUUAAAUAAUCUGUAAGAUUUUCUUGUGAUGUAUUAAAUGCAAUUCAAAUAGGUUGAUGGAAAUUAUGAUCACAUGAGUUAAAAGUCCAAUUUCUAUUUAUCUUUGGGCUGCAUUAAAAAGUGUUUUUUUAAAUAAAGAUUUUCUCUUUAUUUGUAUCUAAGGACAGACGUAAUCAAAUGUUUUUCAAGUCAUGUUAAUUAUGCUUUUGUAA